GUCUUCGUGCAACCAUUUAACGUAACGGCGUUGUUUCGCGUCAGCGCGUGUAAAAAUACCAAACUAAAACACUAAAUAAUAAAUAAAUAUUAGCAGAAAAAAUAUAAAUAACAAGCAAGCAGUUAGCAGCUGCGGGGCAGAGUGAAUGGAGUGAACUUAAAUAAAAAAAUAAUUGAAUAUGUGUCAGUGUGCACAAAGGAAAAAUCGUGUUUUUCGAAAUCUAUAACAAGCAGAAAUGCAGUUAAAAAUUAAUAAUAAAAGCGUGUAAAAUGUGCAUGCAAAAGAAAUGAGAUAUUAAAAUAUUUGCUUGCAUACUAAACAGGCAGCAGAUGCAGCUGCAGCAGCAACGGUGCAACAGUGAGUAUGAGCAACUAAUUUUAUCAGUGCGUGUUGUUGAAUGCUAAUAUCGGUAAUUACAUUAAAUGGCAUUAAAAAUUAAUAAAAAAUAUUAUAAAAAAAAGUAAUAAAAAAAAAAUUUUUUUUAAUAAAAUAAAAGAAAUUCUAUAACUUACUCAAGGCGGGUUGUGAGUGCGCAAUGAAAUGUGGCAAGCAAAUAAAAUAGAAUUAAAUACAAAAUUGUAGAAUGAGUGGCAAAGCAAAUGCGGGUGAACCAGCAGCGAGCAAGUGGCAGCGAGUGACACUCUUGUCAUAAUAAAAUAGCGAAAAUAGUGAAUUUUAACGCAAUUUCCGCUACUUGCAGUUCGAUAGCAAAAACAACAACAAAAGCAGUCAUAAUAACAAAAAAAAUAAUAAUAAUAGCAGAAACAACAACAACAGUAAUAGAAAUAAUAAAAAGAACAAUAAUAAAAUAACAACAACAACAACAAAACACACACACAUGCAAGCAUGGCAGCGUGCAUUAUUGACAUGUUUAUUUAUAUGCACAUAAAAAUAUGUCAGAGCGCGUGUGUAUGCACUCACUUAUUGGCAUCCUUUCGGCGCGCAGCCACUUUUUUGCUUGUCUGCAGGCAGCUUGUCCUGACAGCAGCACACACGCUCACAUAUGUGUGGGUGAAUAUAUGAAAUUUUAUGCAUAUGAUUUUGCAUUCAUACGCGUCGCCAUAUGCAUACAUACACAUGUAUAUGUAUGUUUGGAUAAUUAUGUGCCCAUAAAUUAAUGCGGCAUGCUGCUGCUGUUUCCUAUCCUUAACAGCAACUUUUCCUGUUGCUGUCAGACGCGCCGCUGACUGCGGAUUUUCUUUUCACUAUUUGUUUCUGCAAUUGUUUUGCACUUUUAAUUUUGAUAUUGUUGCUAUAUAUGGUAUAAAAUUUUUUUACCGCUAAUUUUUCGCACAAAAGCAUAUUUCGCGCGUAAAAUUUGCACACUUUUUAUGCGUGUUGCAUGCGCCGCACUGCAGUUGUCCUAUUAAAAUUUCAACCGGCUAUAUGCAGCAAGCUUCCGCUGUUCAAACUACAAUUAAUUCUUUGGCUUCCGUGGAGAAAUUUUUAUAUAUAUUUUUUUUUAGCAAUUUUUGUUUUUCAUAGUCUCUCCCCGCUUUCAAUGCAUUAUCGCGCGUGCACAUUCGUCUAUGGCAAUGCCGCCUCCAAAGUAUGGAAAGUGAUUUAUUAGCAUCGUAAGUUGUACCAGCUUUGUUGUUGUUGCUGUUGCUGCUCGCUCGCUAUCGUUUGCCUUGCCACCCUAAAGCUCUAAAAUAUGUUCUUGCAUUGCCUAGUAUGCAGAGUCGCUACAACGCCACACCGGAAAGUAUUUAAUUAUGCAAUGAGCUAUCCGCCUGUGCCGUAAGUUUGCGCGCCAACACAAAGCAAAUACUCGCUGCAAACACAAAAGUCGAAAAACGCGGCAAAAGACUUGAUGAAACACACACAAAAAAAACGUUUUUUCCCAUACAAAACUAAACUUACAAACACACAGACAUACAUGCAGACACGCCCACAAUUGAAUUGGCGCCCCUAAGCGGCGUAACAGCAGCACUGCGUUGUAGUUGCAUAAAUUUAGGAGCGACAAUAGCCACAGCAGGACACAGUUGUGCACAGGAAGCGCCAAGUCUAGCUGAGUAAUCAGCUCAAACAAGUUACACUCACACACAUACACAUACAUAACAACAUAUACAGGAACAACAGCUCGUCAGGACUUGCAACUGAAAAGUGCACGCUUUCAUUGUGGACUCUGUGUUGUUUUGUUGCAGCAGCUGUGGGCAGCCAGUAACCUCUCUGUAUUUGGUCUGCCAGUGCAAAUUUAACUACCGGAAAUAAACCGAAUUUGCAGCCAUUGAACUUUACGCAAAGCGAAAUUAAUCCCACAUCACUGUCUCACAAACAAAAUGGUCUUAUCUUCAGUUAAUUCGUGUGACACAAUCAAAAGACAUUUAACCGAGCAAUGGAAUUAGUGUCAAGCAAAUCAACAUGAUGACAACCGCAAUUGAAACCACAAUUGUCACUCGCCAGGUGGCGUCCACAUCAGUCACAACAUUAAUAGGAAAGUUGUCGAAAUCAAACCGAACAAACCCACCACCGGCUACAACAAGAACACAGUCACACCGGAAUCCUACAGAGAUAAGAGCUAGACCGCAAAGUUUGUGCACAAGAAGCACGCCACAGACAAGAACAACAAAACGUUAUUAUCACAAACGCACAUCGUCUCCAGUAACCACGUGCACCACUGGACGCCGCAUGCGGCGACUACUCAAUGCGCAUUUGGUCAUUACAGCAACAACACUGCAACAAUGUGCAGCCGUACGAUGGCAACUGUUGGUUGCCUUUCUCAUUUGCAACUGUAUUGAUAUUUCCAUUUCCAACCAAAUCUCGACAGUGGGCGCAUUCGAGCCGGAUUUCGUCUUCCCGCUGGAAAAUGUCACCGUAGCGCAGGGGCGCGAUGCGACCUUCACGUGUGUGGUCAAUAAUCUUGGCGGUCACAGGGUGAGUGGCGACUCCGCAUCGGCCAGGGUCGCUUGGAUUAAGGCCGAUGCGAAGGCGAUUCUGGCCAUACACGAGCACGUGAUAACGAACAAUGAUCGAUUGUCAGUCACACAUAAUGACUUCAAUACGUGGACGCUGGUCAUAAGGAAUGUGAAAAUGGAGGAUUCCGGCAAGUACAUGUGUCAAGUGAAUACGGAUCCCAUGAAAAUGCAAACAGCUACACUGGAAGUGGUGAUACCACCAGAUAUUGUCAAUGAAGAGACGUCCGGUGACAUGAUGGUGCCCGAAGGUGGUUCAGCGAAGUUGGUGUGUCGGGCGCGUGGUCACCCGAAGCCUAAAAUCACUUGGCGGCGAGAAGAUGGACGAGAGAUCAUAGCACGUAACGGUGCACAUCAAAAGACCAAAGCCUUGGCCGUUGAGGGUGAAAUGCUGGCGCUAACCAAAGUCACACGCAGCGAAAUGGGCGCCUACAUGUGCAUCGCCUCGAAUGGUGUGCCGCCGUCGGUUAGCAAACGCAUGAAGCUGCAAGUGCAUUUUCACCCAUUGGUACAAGUUCCCAAUCAACUGGUCGGUGCGCCCGUUUUAACCGAUGUCACAUUGGUCUGUAAUGUGGAAGCAUCACCGAAAGCAAUCAACUAUUGGCAAAGAGAAAACGGUGAAAUGAUUAUCGCCGGCGAUCGGUAUGUGCUCACUGAGAAGGAAAAUAAUAUGUACUCAAUUGAGAUGAUUUUGCAUAUAAGACGCUUGCAAACCAGUGAUUUCGGCGGCUACAAAUGCAUCUCGAAGAAUAGUAUUGGCGACACGGAAGGAACGAUACGAUUAUAUGAAAUGGAAAGACCAGGCAAGAAAAAUCAAAGAGAAGAUGAUAACGAGGUCACGAAAAAUGACGCAACACUGAGAGAUAAUCGUCACGAGGAUGGUUCGCGUAAUCAAAAUGGGCGCCUCUACAAGGAGCGCGGCAGCGAUGCGGAGCUGCAAAGUGGCGGUCAAACGCUGAGUCGGCGAUGGAGUACAAUGUAUUUGCUGGUGCUAACGCUCUUCGUGUCACUUGCAACGAGUGCAACGACAGCAACAAUAACCACUACAGCAGUUACAAUGGUAAGCAGACGAAGUCUAAGUAAUUUAUAGCUCAAAAAUUGAAAGUAAGAACAACAAAACACAUACAUACAUACGUACGAAAGAAACCAAAAACCAAUGCAUAGCAAGGUAAUAUAAAGUACACGAAUAAGCAGAACAACAAGCAUAAAUAUAGUUAAAAUAACGACUCAAUAAAUAAAUGUAAUAAUUAAAUAAAAUUAAAUUAAUGAAAUAUGCAGAAGAAAAAUUGAAUUAUAGCGGUAUUAGCGUGAAGCAAACCAAAAAAUAACUGAGUUAAAUGUUACCUCUCUAGCGAAAUGUGUUUCUAUGACAAUGACUGUUGACUGUAUUUUUUAGCAGCUGACGUACAUACAUACAUAUGUAUUUAGCGAAGAGUUGCUUGGCGGCCUUUGAAGUUAAACAACCCAGCAAACUUUAAAGCGAAAUAUAUUGUAGUUUAGGCUACGGGAUAGAAAAAAAAGAAAAGUAAAUAAAUGCUUUGCAUAAAUAAUUGGAUUAGUUUACAUACAUAUAUAUAUAUAAAUGUGUAGAUAAAUUUUGCAGUGGAAAAUUUAAAAACAAUUAUAUAGAAAUAUAUGAAUGCUAAAUAUGAAAUAACCGUCAGCCAAAAGCAGUAUUAAAGAGCGUUUUGUUAAUAAAAAAAAAACUAUAAGAUAUAUAGUGUACUUAUGUAUGAUUUAGGUGUAAAGAACAAAUGCUUAUAAAGUAGUCAACACGCCUCUUCUGAUAUUGUAAAUACUUUAAGUCUAGGCAAGAUACACUGUAUAUAUGUUUGCACUGUUAUCCAAAGAAGGUUCAUAUUGAGUAUAAUAAGCAAGUUAAUUUAAUUUCUACUGCGAAGUUUCUUUGAAUGGUUAAGUAAUGAAAAUUAGGAAAAAAAUCUAUAUUUACUUCAAAAAAUUAGACAUAGUUGAUGCUUAUCCAGCUGGGAAUUAUCUUGCUUCAUAAGAAUAUUUUAGGAUUUGUUAGGGAAAAAUUAUAUGAACAUCCUCUGAGAAAUUAAGUUAAAGAUCAGUCAUUAAUAUCACUAUCCCACCUGCAGCCCAUACCCUAAUUAUUGCAAUGAGCAAAAAUAUUAAAAAAAUUGUAUUAUUUAUGGUUGAAAAAUCCAAUUGAGGUAUCUCAAAAACGUAAGAUUUGAAAGCAACAACAAUUUCAUUAGGCAAAGAACAUUCUUAGUUAAGGGGUUACAUGGGUU